CGGUUUGUUUCUCCGCCGUUGUACUUCUUCUUCCUCUUCCUGGGUUCUCUCUUAACAAAUCUCCGUCGAUUCAUUCCUCCCAGAAUCAGAUUCAGUGAAAAUGGCGUUUUGCAAUAAGCUAAGCCGUCUUGUGAGGCAGAGUGAGAACGCUUCCAUGAUUGGAUCUCUCAGGUCUUUCUCUGCUGAAGCCACUCACCAUAGAUUCCACCAAGAGACUCACAAUUUUCUUGAGCCAGAAAACUAUAUUGGUAGCUGGGAAGCUCCGAGUGAUCCGAAAGAUGCAGAGAGAAAGCUUGCUCAGCUUAGGAGAGAUUAUGCAAAGAAAGUUAAAGUGUAUCGUAAAGAGUAUAUUCAUGAGAUUGAGAUGCUUCGUGUUGAGAAACAGCGUAAGGAUGAGGCUAGAUUGCUUGCUGAACGAGCUGCUAAUGAGGAGAGGCGGCUAUUGAAGGCUGAGGCUGCUAAGGUUAGGGCUGAGGAACGUAAGAUUGCUGAUGAAGAGUUCAGGCAAACCCUGAUUAAAGAAAGAGCAGAAAAGCUAGAGAUCUGGAAGAUGAUGGGCCAAAAAAGGGAAGAGAAGAUCAAAGAGAGAGAGAAGCUACUACUAGGUCAUGUUUUUUGCAGAUCAAGUAAUCUUAGAUGCCUUGGAGUUGUUACCUGUGGUCGCGUAACGAGCUUUGGGAUUCUCAAAGCAGUUGUGAAACUCCCAUUGCUUGAAGAACUCGAGGUUACAUACUCGUUCUCAGGAGAUGAUUUGAAAGCUGUAGGCAAGUCUUGUCCAAAUCUGAGGACGUUGAUGAUAAGGCAGUUGAAGCCUAACCUCAGGGGUUACUUGGACUUGGACUGUGAUGAUGAGAUUGCUCUAGCAAUCGCUGAAACAAUGCCUGGUCUUCGCCACCUCCAGCUUUUAAGGAACGGAUUAUCAAACGCCGGUUUAAACGCCAUUCUUGACAAUUGUCCGAAGCUAGAACAUCUUGAUAUACGCAAGUGUUUCAACGUUAACCUUGUGGGGGAUUGGAAGAAGCAGUGUUACGAUAGGAUCAAAGUCUUGAGACAUCCUAAUGACUCGAUUCAUGAGUAUGAUGCCGUUAAUUCCGAUACUGAAGAUGAAGUUCAUUUGUAUGAUGACGUUAUUUCCAAUACUGAAGAUGAAGAAGGCCACGAUUACUCAUAUGAAGAAGGCUACGAUUACUCAUAUGACACCGAUGGGUAUGUCUCCGACAUGUCAGGUGAUGUCCACUAUCAUUCUUACUCGUAUUAUGACUAGAUAAGGAUAAGCGGUCCGAUCAUUUGAAGAAUACAAUUAUAAGUUCUGU